GGAACUAUAUCCAAGAUGGGUCAACGUCUGAGUGAAGAAAGUGACUCAGACCAAGAAAUUAAAGUGGCUGAGUUGCAGGAAUGGUAUAAGAAGUUUGUGGUGGAAUGUCCAAGUGGCACUCUCUUCAUGCAUGAGUUCAAGAGCUUUUUUGGUGUAACUGACAACAAGGAAGCAGCAGAUUAUAUUGAGAACAUGUUUCGCGCCUUUGACAAGAAUGGGGACAACACAAUAGAUUUUCUUGAAUAUGUUGCAGCCUUGAACCUUGUCUUGAGAGGUAAGCUGGAACACAAGCUAAAAUGGACAUUCAAAAUGUAUGACAAGGAUGGAAGUGGCUGUAUCGACAAGACUGAACUUCUUGAGAUUGUAGAGUCUAUUUACCGGCUGAAAAAAGCCUGUCAUGGAGAACUAGAUGAAGAAUGCCAUCUUCUGACUCCAGACCAGGUGGUUGACCGGAUAUUUGAGCUUGUGGAUGAAAACGGUGAUGGGGAACUCUCUCUGGAUGAGUUCAUUGAUGGGGCACGGAGGGACAAGUGGGUGAUGAAGAUGCUGCAAAUGGAUGUAAACCCUGGUGACUGGAUCAGUGAGAGACGGAAGAGCGACUAAGAAAUUCCUGGAAUAUAGACUGUUAUGUCAAGGGCAAAUCGACUAGCCGACCUAAGGCCGACCUAGCCCUGUCCUAAUCAGCCCUGGGCCUCCCCUCUUCUCAUCCUUUAAUCUGUAUUCACAUAACAUAUCUGUGUAAUAGUUACCCAGGCAGGUCUUGUUUUAUAACUUGUUUCAUUUCAUCUUUUCAUAUUUUAAUUAGUAUUUGAUAUCUACUUUGUUUGUGUGUGUUUGUGUGUGUUCUUCAUAACAUUUUAUUUACAGUAUUUUCAGUGUAUGAACUGUAAAAUUAAUAUAUUAUUUAGUGCGAUAUUGUAUGGUACUGUAUGCUGUUACUCAAUAACCAGAGACAAGCUAAACAUUGCAAAGUCCCUUUGCAAUGACAUUUAGCUUGUGUUUAAUGAGGUCAAAGGGAUUGUGUAUCCCUUGCUGGGAUUUGAUGGUUACAAAUGUUGAAAUGUUUCACUG